CCACGACCUCUUCAACUAUCAGAGAGAAAAAAAACUGCUCACACGUCACUGGUGAAGGUGGAUCAUAACAUGUGCCAAUACCUAUAAAGCUCGAGCGCGCGAGAUGCACUGAAGUCACAUAGCUAACCCAAAGAGAGACAGAUUCUGGAAGUUUCACUGGAUAUCUUCGGAAUGAUUUUACACUAGUGCUGAGUUGGAGGAGUCUGAUUUGCAGUCAGAGUGGGUGAGAGCAGGGCUGUCCCAGGGGUUGCACCCCAAGAAAAGGUGGAUAAACGCGGAUGAAAGACAUGCCAGCGCAUGCAACUUGUAAAACUGUUUGGAAUAGUUGUCAGUUUCUUGUCCUCUGUGAAGCUGGAGCGACUGAAAGCAAAGAUAUCCAAUGAGCGCGUAAAGGGACCUUCUUGCGCGUCGCACAACUUUUGGAGGCGCUCCAUCAAGUAGAGAGCAUCAACAGCAGCACGGGCGCACGUGAAUUAUUUUCUUUCUUCUAACUUGUUGGCUUUGCUCAUCGCUGGAGAUGUUCGGGCACGAUAUUUGCCUCGUGUCCGCGUUGCUGGCGGCUGCCGGUGCCGUGUUACCGGUGCUGCUGUUGCUGGUGGCCUCACGGCUGCUGUGGGAGUUCAGGUGGAGCAUCACCCGGGAUCGGGCGUGUAAACUCCCACUUCCGCAGGGCUCCAUGGGCUGGCCGCUGGUCGGAGAAACUUUCCACUGGCUUUUCCAGGGAUCCAGCUUUCACAUCUCUAGACGAGAGAAACAUGGAAAUGUUUUCAAAACUCACCUUUUGGGAAAACCCCUCAUCCGAGUGACCGGUGCAGAAAACAUCCGAAAGAUUCUGCUGGGCGAACACACGCUGGUGUGCACGCAGUGGCCCCAGAGCACACGCAUCAUCCUGGGGCCCAACACUCUGGUAAACUCAGUUGGUGACCUGCACAAGAGGAAAAGAAAAAUCCUUGCAAAAGUGUUUAGCCGUGGGGCGCUGGAGGCCUAUCUGACACGACUUCAAGACGUGGUCAAGUCUGAAAUUGCAAAGUGGUGCACCGAGACCGGGUCUGUGGAUGUUUACGCCGCAGCCAAGUCACUCACCUUCCGCAUCGCUGUGCAAGUCCUGCUCGGUCUGCACCUGGAUGAGCAGCAAAUCGCUUCUCUCUCUAAAACCUUUGAACAGCUCAUGAACAACCUCUUUUCGCUUCCCAUUGACACCCCCAUAAGCGGCAUGCGCAAGGGAAUCAGGGCCCGUGAGAUUCUGCACUCUGCCAUGGAGAGGAUCAUAGAGGAAAAACUGAAAAAGCAGCAAGCCAGCGAUUACUGCGACGCUUUUGACUAUAUGCUGAGUAGUGCGAAGGAAAAUGACUACGACCUUACAAUGCAAGAACUUAAGGAAACGGCGGUAGAGUUAAUCUUCGCUGCCCACUCCACUACCGCCAGCGCAUCAACAUCCCUCAUCAUGCAGCUUCUGCGUCAUCCAGAUGUGAGCAGACGUGCAGGAGCAGAGUUAGAGAGCGAAGGCUUGAUCAGCGACGUGCACGGAUCCUGCCGCUCUCGUUGCCAUGGAAACAUCAUCAGUGAGGAAAGCGAUGCUGCCGAGAAGAGUACCAGCGAGUAUAGAUCGAAGACGAAUAGAAGUAUGUGUUUUGAAGCAGGAGACAAGGAAGAGGGGUGUCACUCUCGGACCCAUGUCCCUUACCUAAGUUUGGAGAAAUUGAGUCAACUUUCUUACCUGGAUUGUGUGGUCAAAGAGGUGCUUCGGUUCCUUCCACCAGUGUCUGGGGGAUACAGGACAGUUCUGCAAACAUUUGAACUGAACGGUUAUCAGAUCCCGAAGGGCUGGAGCGUCAUGUACAGCAUUCGUGACACGCACGAGACUGCAGAAGCGUAUCAGAACCCGGAGCUCUUCGACCCGGACCGAUUCUGUGCAGAUAGAGACCAUAGCAAAACCGAGCGCUUCAGUUACGUGCCUUUCGGAGGCGGUGUGAGGAGAUGCAUCGGACGGGAGCUUGCUUUGAUUGUGCUGAAAACUCUCGCAGUGGAGUUGCUCGCCACGGCAGACUGCACUCUGGCGACAGAAACGUAUCCAAGGAUGCAGACGGUGCCAAUCGUGCAUCCGGUCAACGGACUGCACGUGUUUUUUAACUACAGAACCCACGGGAUUGAGAGAAACCGGAGGGAGUCCACGCAUAUAUAGGCAAAAAAA